AGAAAGGGUUCACACUCGACUGGGUAGAACACUCUAAAGAAUGACUCACAGAGUCACAAACUCCCGGCCCUGGGUCCCAACAGUCCAGCAUUGUGAAUGUGAAAUUUAGCCAGUGGGGGACUAUCAGUUGACAGAAAGAAUCCAUUUUAGAUGGUGAUGGAGUGAAGUAGGAAUGCAUGAACCAAUGGAAGUGGAAGGAGAUUGGCCCUGUAUCCAUUGUACGCUCACAAACAGCAGUCUCACUGACGUCUGUCAGGCGUGUGGGUCACCACGGAAGCCAGCAGGACUCAAUAUUAACUACACAAUAGACAGGAGCAAAGGGGCAAUCCCCAAAACAAAGGUCAGAAGAUCAAAGCCCUUGACAACGAGACCCUCUCCACUUGGAGGGCCGGGAACCAGUUCACAGCAACCAAUUAUUGUUGAUAGCGAAGAAGCAGAAGAUGAUGUUUGGAAUUGUGGGAAUUGUAACAUGAAAAACUCCGAGAAGGUGGAGAACUGUAUAAGCUGUAACGAGAAUAAAUUCAAAGAAGUCAUAAUGAUUAAUGAUGUUGAUGAAUAUGUUGUCAAGUACAACCAUUCCAAGACUGAUGGAGAUGACAAAGGAGAUACGAAAGGCUCAGACCAAGACAAGGAUAAAACAAAAGCUGUGAUUGGUCAAAAGAGUGUAGAGUUCUGGAACUGUCAAAGAUGUACAUUUAAAAACCUAAUUAAGAACAAGAACUGUGAAGUAUGUCACAGUCCACAAGAGGUUAAACUACCCACUCUGGAUUCUGUGUCGGAGUUUGAAGCAGGGAAAGUGGAAUACCCCACCACCAGUAAACGGGGGGAACCAGAUGGGAUGGAAUGUGAUGAUGAGGUUAUAGGAGCCACUGCUAAUUCACCACAACCAAAAACCAAACCAGUCGUCAACUCUCCUCGGAAGAAACUUCACCACCCCAGGGCAAAGUCAGACCCAGUGUUCAUAGAGGAUGGUGGGGAAUGGACUUGUUCUGUAUGUAGUUUUGCAUGUAACCCCAGCUGGAGCCCCAAGUGUACAAAAUGUCUGAAGGGUGAGGUUCCAGACAGUGUAGCACGGGCUAAUCACAGAGUAAAGGCUCGUGAGGGGAAAUUCCCUGCAAUCAACAAACAAACCCCUCUCAGGAAAACUCAAUCUUCACCCAGAGAAUCUCCUGACUCUAGCAAAAAGGAUCAGGCACAGAAGAAGGAAAAUGGGUUUUGGGUGUGCAGUCGUUGUACGUUCCACAACCCCAUCUCAGAUCGGUCAUGUAAAAUGUGUGGGGGUCGUAGAUCCACAUCUGAGUUAGACGUGAGUAACUAUUGGAGCUGUGAUAAAUGUACUCUGCAUAAUCCGAUAAGUAGUACAUCUUGUGCUGCUUGUGGAUUUAAAAUAGACAGUGUGAAUUCUGAUCCACUCGAGAACAAAAGGAAGACCCCUGUGCCUAACACUCCUAAAUCUACCGGAAAACAGGAGACAGAAAGGAGAGAAGACAGUGCGAAAGACUCACCCAAAAGUGUCACCAAGAAAUCAAACAACCUGGAGAACAACAAAAUUCAAGAAAAGAAUCUGAACAAAACACCAAAGUCAUCACUGGAAAAGACGCCCAAGUCAUCAUUGGAAAAGACACCAAAGUCAUCACUGGAAAAGACGCCCAAGUCAUCACUCGAAAAGACGCCAAAGUCAUCGCUCGAAAAGACGCCCAAAUCAUCACUGGAAAAGAUGCCCAAGUCAUCACUCGAGAAAGACAAAACGUCUAAAUCAUCACUGGAGAAGAAUAAGGAUAAGGGAAAUAAAAGCUUAGAGAAAGAAAAACCAAACAAAAGUGCAGAGAAAGGCAAAAACAAAAGUCUAGAGAAGGAGAAGACCAGCAAGAGUUUGGAAAAAGACAAGCUGUGGUCCUGUUCACAAUGUACCUACAGAAAUCCACUGAAAAUGGCCGACUGUCAGAUGUGUGGCAGCAGUAAGUCGCACAGGAAGAACUAUGAUCCGAACCUUAUCACCCUUCAGAGGCAGCCUAGCUCACUGAUGGAAGAUAUUCGGAAAAUUGAGGAAAAUGAGGCUGUAGAACUCUGGCAACACAUCACUUUUUUCUGUAGGCAGCACAACGACCACUUUGUCGACGAUUCGUUUCCUCCCACUCCUAAGUCCCUGUAUCUCUGUGAGGACCAGCCCUUCACCAAGUCUGCCAUCCAAUGGCUGAGACCGACGGAGAUUGCCGUGUCUCGUCGUGGUGACGAGAAGGUUAAGUGGGAGGUGUGUCGCACACCGCUCCCGGACGACAUCUCACAGGGACUUCUGGGUAACUGCUGGUUCCUAAGUGCUUUAGCCGUGUUGGCUGAACGUCCAGAACUUGUGGAGAACAUCAUCUUGACCAAAAAUUACUGUCCCCAGGGGGCGUAUCAGGUCCGCCUGUGUAAGGACGGGCGAUGGGAGAUCAUUCUGAUCGAUGACCUCUUACCCUGCGACAAUCACAAACGUCUUGUCUUCUCACAGGCCAAGAGAAGACAACUGUGGGUGCCUUUGAUUGAGAAAGCUAUGGCUAAGCUUCAUGGCAGCUAUGAGAGUUUGGUGGCGGGGAAGUGUAUCGAGGGCCUAUCCACCUUAACAGGUGCCCCCUGUGACAACAUAGAAUUACAGCCUGGACCCCAGAAACAAGAAAUUGACCCCAAUUUAAUCUGGGCCAAACUAAUCAGCUGUAGGGAAUCAGGAUUUCUGAUGGGGGCGUCGUGUGGAGGAGGCAACAUGAAAACGGAGGACAAAGUGUAUGAAGAGAAAGGCCUGAGACCCCGACACGCCUACUCUAUUUUGGAUGUCAAAGACAUAGACGGAAAUAGGUUGUUGAGAUUACGCAAUCCCUGGGGUCGAUUCUCAUGGAAUGGGGACUGGAGUGAUGACUCAACAAAAUGGGCCAACAUCAGUCAUACCGCAAAGCAGGACCUCAUGUUAUUCGGUCACAUGUCGGGGGUCUUCUGGAUAUCACUGGAAGAUGUUCUCAAGUACUUUGACAGUGUGGACAUCUGUAAGGUGCGUCCUGAUUGGAGGGAGACACGAAUGGAGGGAACAUUCCCAGCCAAUGCCAGAGAAGUUUUCAAGAUGGUCAAACUAACAGUAUUCUACACGACGGAGGUGGAAGUGGGCGUAUUCCAAGAAGGGGUCAGGAGCAAUGACAAGAACCCGGCUGACCUUUGUGUACUGAUUCUCCGGGAUUCCCCUAAUGGUGUCCAGGCCUUCGGACCUCUGGUGGCGUGUAGUAACCGACAGAUCAAAAGUUUUGUGGGGUGUAACACAAUGCUGGAGCCGGGGGAGUACGUGGUGCUGCCCCUGGCCUUUAACAUCUGGACCCUGUCCACGAAGCCCUCCGAGCGAUACAGCUAUGUGUUGUCGGUCCACAGUUCCAAGGCUGUAAUGGUAGAGGAGAUUGAAACCCGCACUCAGAAAUACGAAUACACGCUGGCCGAUGCAGUCAUUCAACUGGCUCUGGCCAAGGGGAAAUGUGAGGGGGUGCGUGAAACUGUGUCUGUGUAUUCACUCAUGCAUGGAUGGUCUGGUGGCCUGUUUGUGGUGGAGAAUCGGUGCACGGAACGGAGCCUCCAUAUGAAGUGUGACUGUGUAGACAGUGCUAACGUGGUGUCUACUCGUGGCAGCCUGAUUACGCUGGACUCUGUACCACCACUACACAGACAAGUGAUUAUGGUGUUGACACAGUUAGAAAGGAGUGCCUCGUACCACCUGUCUCGGCGCUUGGUUCACCGCAUGCACUGGUCACAAACGGGUCUGGCCGACUGGGCCACCGCAGGAGUCAACCACGAUCCACCACUGACGCUGCACGUAAUGGGACUCCACGCACCUCGGCCAUUGUAGAGAACGUUUACCACCAAUCACUGCAGGAAGUCGCCACAAUUCGCUAUUGAAAGACUUAAAAGGUUGUUAUGAUGCUACAGGUAUUGCACGUAUGGAACACACAACAUGAACAGACAAUUUGUUGCCAAGUUUUGAGAAUUGGUGGUAGACCGCUACGAGAAUCGUUUCAAUAGAUGGGAUUAGAGAAGUUUCUUCAGAACACGAGGAUUAGGAGCAUUAAAGGGGAGGAGUAAACGGAAAAUGACCAGAGUUUAUUGCUACAGCUGCACUCAAAAGAUAAUCCCUUUGUUUUCCAUGAAACCUUAUUCCACAGAAAUUUACAGAGAUGUACAAAGUAUCACUGUAUGAAGUGUGUCAGUCUGGCACGAUUUUAAACUAUUGCAAUGUGCGAGAUCGUGUAGUACGGGUUUUUAUACGCCCAUCUUAAGACAGGACGUAUUAUGGUAUGGCGUUCAUGUCCGUCCGUCUGUCUGUCUGUCCGUCCGUCUGUUAGCUUUUUCGUGUCCGACCCGUAACUUAAAUACUACAAGGCCUAGAAUCAUCAAACUUUGUCUGUAGAUACAUCUUGGGUAAGAGGUGUGUCACACAUUAAAACCAGUCACUGUGACUUUUCAUUAAGAAGAUAUCCGUCUGUCCGUCCGUCUGUUAGCUUUUUCGUGUCCGACCCGUAACUUAAAUACUACAAGGCCUAGAAUCAUCAAACUUUGUCUGUAGAUACAUCUUGGGUAGAAGAUGUGUCACACAUUAAAACCAGGUCACUGUGACUUUUCAUUAAGAAGAUAUGGCCAUAUAUGGCAAAAACUUGUCCGGCUCAUAACUUGAAAACUAUUAGACCUAGAAUCACCAAAAUUGGUCAACUAAUGCAUCUUAGGUAGAAGGUGUGUCGCAUCCUACUUUAAGGUCACUGUGACAUUUAAUUAAGGUGAUAUAAAAAAAAAUGUUUUAAUGGGUACAAUCUAUACUGUUAACAAUAUGUGACGGGCGUAUCAUGUGCCGUGGCGGUGCACUUUAUUAUAGUUACUGUGAUGUAUGGAACAGGAUGAAAUGAAAAAUGAAGACCCUGGCCCUAAUCUCAAAUUCCAAUUGCCUGUGGGCAUCUUGUUUAAGAAGUUAAGUUUUCUAAAACAUUUACAGGUUAUUUUUAUGUUUAUUUUGUUACUAAUAGUGUAACUGGUUUAUGUAUAUAUUGAACAAAUCAUCACAGUGCAUGAUGUUACCAUUAAUCAAAUAGAGUAUUUCAGAUCAUACAGCUAUGGUCAUAGAGACCAUGCACAUUUAAGGAAUUCUAAAAUCAAUGGGGCCUAUCCAUUCUCUGUGUGUGACAGCCAUCUAUUUCGUUGCCAGAUUUAAAGAUUUAUUUUUAUGACCAACAAUAGGUUGUUUGUUGUACUAUACUAUUGAUGCGACAUUGUCGUUCAGCAUUUCCUCUUUAAAUUCCAGUAUUUCAUCCCAAAGCAUUAUCAAUGGUUGUGAAUGCUAUGUGCUUUUGUAUAUUUUAUUUUUGUAUCAGCACGUGUACAGUUUCAUUUUAUACUUUUACAUGAGCGAGUAGUUUUCUAACCUUUAUUAUGUGUACAUGUGAAUUAUUUUAUCUGCGAUAACACAAGUAGAGUGGUAUUCAUUUUACACAAAACUUGAGUCAAGAAGUGCCGAAGCACACCAAGUUGUUUUUUUUUUUUUUCAUUGUAGAAAUAAUUUGUUAUUAUUAAAAACUACAUUGUUAUGUAAUAUGCAGUAAUUUAUUUUAUGCAUUUUCAUCAUAUGAGCCGUGUGUUUGGUGAUUUUCGACCAAUCACUGAAGAUUCGUUAGACAUGCACAUCAAUAUUUGUUAUGAAUAAGCUUUGUCGGUGUUAAAACAACACUUCUAUGGAUACCUACUGUCCGUAAUGAUGAUAAAAGACUGGAAAUUUUGACUGAAUUUGGAAGUCAGGAAAAAAAAUUGUUAACUAAACGCAUCUUUAUCAUAGAUUAUGAGUUUAGUAAAAUAUUUAAUUUUGCAUUAUACAGUUUAGUAAAACUUUGUUGGAAAAAAGGAUGAUGCUAAACUGUGUGAUAGGAUAUAAGUGCAUUACAUUGCAUUAUUAGAUGUCAGCUGUUUAUUAAUUGUGUUUAAGUCGUUGACAUGUAUAGCUGUACGAUGAAAUAAGUUAUUGUAAAUAUUUUUCCUUUGCUCAAGAGCAUGACUUGGUGCAAUGCCUUACAAACUCUUGAUUGUAAACCAAUUUCUGCACUUUGAGCCUUUAAGAGUUGGAUUCACUUUUUUUGUAAAUACAUGUAUGUACAACAUUGAGACAUCAGGGAUUGAAUAUAGAACCAAAAAAUUGUCAGUGGCAGGUUGUAGGAUAUAUUUGAUUGAAUCAAUAUUUUGACGUGGCAUUUAUGUUGAUUGAUGACUAUAGAUAGUACCACAACUUAACUACCUCUGAUCCAGGUGUAAACUGAAACUAACGAUGCUAGUGACCAUCUCGUAAAUAAUCUCGUAAGUAUGUCACUGAAGGAAGCCUAUGUGGCUUUGAUGUAUCUACUGGACAUUGGUCACUGGUCAUUCAUUGUGUAUUGGACUGGACAUAGGUCCCUGACCAUUGAGUACUGGACAUAGGUCCCCGACCAUUGACUACUGGACAUAGGUCCCUGACCAUUGACUACUGGACAUAGGUCCCUGGCCAUUGACUACUGGACACUUUGCAUGAGUAGACAGUACAGGUACCACAUGAAAGUCCAAUAUUUGAUACAACAGUUAUUCAACAAUUGGAAACAAAUAGUGAUUUCACAAAAAAAUGAAAAAUAUCAAGUGUGAAGUGCUAAAUACAAAAUUCUGUCUACAUGAUAAAGACGUAUCGUUUGUCUUUAAGAAAUGUUCUACAGUAAAUCCUCCCAUGAAAUGGUUUUGAAGUGUUUUCCUGUACAGUCAAACUUACUUAUUAUAUAAAUUCAUUAAAGCAAAUAUUUGGCUAUAAUGAAGUAACUUGGAUACAGAUUGAUUUUAAACAGUUGGCCAUAGCAGGUUCAUUGCUUAGAUAGCUCAUGACAGACACUUUUUGAUACAUGUCAUUUGAUGAUAUUCAUCAAUUGUUGAAUUUUUUUUUUAUUUUUGCAACAUGGAGAGCCAUAGUAUAAUAAUAUAUACCUGAUAUGAUCUCAGUUUGAGUGUUAGAAACAUUUUAAUAAUAUGCAGGUGAUAAUUAAUUCUCAUUUUGUUUAAUAUUAAUAAUUUUCUUUUGCUAUUUCAAUUUUUUGAGACAAAGAAAUCUCCAAAAAGAGAUUCUGUAUUUCUUUUUACCAGGCAUGUUUUCAUUUUGAUUAUAAGAUAGUGCUACUUUCGUUUUGAUUGUAUGGUAGUGCUACUUUUGUUUUUGAUUGUAGGGUAGUCCUGUUUUCCUCCCAGUAAUGAACAUGGGUUGUGUUUUAGAGAUGUUCUUUGUGCAAUAUGUGAUAAUUCUAAAGAUUUUAAUAAAAUAUCAACAUUCUC